AUGAGAAUGGAUCCUCUAGAAUCACCAAAACGACAUAUUGCCCCCCUAAAAAUCGAAAAAGGGCAUUCGAACUUUCACAUGAACCGCUCCUAUUCGGCUCAACAUCGCCUCGAGAUGAGCCCUCCUUUGACGCCCUACAGUGGGGGAGACGACAACUCGGAAAAACCGAGGAAUGUCUUUCACAAUUAUCUUCGCGCGUUCUACCCUUACCACCCGUCGGGCAAUGUAUCUCCGUCAACUGUCACCCUCCCGCUGGAUCAGGGCGACAUUAUCCUUGUUCACUCCGUUCACACCAAUGGCUGGGCCGAUGGCACUCUGCUAGAUACAGGCGCCAGGGGCUGGUUACCCACGAAUUAUUGCGAAGCAUAUGAUCAACAACAAAUGCGCCCGCUGCUCAAAGCAUUGACUGACUUCUGGGAUAUUAUCCGAGGCGGGUGCCGGCUUGUUAUGAAUGAGACCGGCAAUCAGGAUCUUGUACGAGGCUUGAUUGCCGGGGUUCGCUAUCUCUUGCAAAAAUCCGAAUGCCUGACCCGCGACUGCAUGCUGGUCACUAAUCAUGACGGGUUGCGCAGGAACCGCAAAGGAUUGCUGGCGGAUCUAUCGUCUCUGGUCCGAACAACCAAGAAGUUCCAAGAAGUUGCGACCAAAAGUACGAUACAGGAUGAUAUUGACUACUUGGUGGAUGAGAUGCUGCUCAAGGCAUUUCGAAUUGUGACUCGUGGCGUUCGUUUCCUCGACGUGUGGAAUGAGGAGGUUGGAUUGAGUAGGACGAUCGCCGAAUUGGAGCAACAAUCAACACGCUACGACCUUUCGCCUCGAACGACCACCGAGACGAAGCCAGCAGCGGACUUAGAGGCAGAGGGGGAGACUGAGCAGAAUGAGUCCAGACUGCUCAACCGCAGCCGACUAGACAUGAGUCGAGCAUCCACCCACAUGGACGAUGCGCAGCCGGCCCGGUCUGUUUCGGUGGCCACCAAACGAAUCUCCAUAUCCCACCGAGUGUCGUACUCGGGACCCGCUGCCGCGGCCCGGAAUCUCAAUUUAGCGUCGGAGCGACUGAACUCGUCAUACGAUGCCUUUCUUGGCGUGUUGGGCUCAUUCAUUGGCUUACAUCUGCAGUCUCGGUCGUCAACGGAACUAGUGGUGACCACGGAGCAGUCCGUGCGCUCCUGCCGGGCUUUACUAACCGUCAUUGAGGCCGCUUGUGAGCAUGACCCACAGGGCAGUGGGUUGUUGGAGCAAGCCAGAGACGCUAUGUACGAACGACUAUCUGAAUUAGUGUACGCUGCGCGGGACGCCUUCCGCCCAGCUCACUCCCCCGACGACGAACUAGUUUUUUUGCCCGAUGAGGGGAAGCGCUUGGUGGAUGCUGCCACGGACUGUGUCCGCGCGGCGGGGAACUGUCUGGCCAAAGCGCGCUUGAUGCUGGAGGAAUGUGGCGACUUUGAGCUCGAGGCCAUGCCGCAAGAUAUGGCCCCUGCGGCGAUAAUGCUGCCAGACCUAAACCUGACUCCGCAGCCCCCGCAGCCUGACACUUUCGACAGCAACUCAACCCGCCCACAGGAUGUCUCACUUCGAUUGCCCCCUCCUCCUUUGCAGAUCCCCAUCUCGACUGAUGCUGCUUACUCCUCCUCUCCACCAGGACUGACUGAUGACAGCACCCCCUCUUCUUUCCAAUCGCGUGGUGGAGCAAUCACUCCGGCCGCUGCUAGCACCGACGUUUUAUUCCAGUCCACAAGUAUCCUUUCGUCGAGCUUGGACAAACUCUCAUUCUCUUCUCAUGACACGCAACCAUUCGAGUACCGGAAUAGUCAGCUCAAGUCUGAGCCGAGUGAAUCUUUCGGCCGUGGGGUAACAAGCAAUGGAAGCAGCUUCACGUUCCACAGCCGUCUUCGUGAUUCAGAAAUGAGCGGGGUUUCGCAAACCUCGACACGAGCUACGUCGCCAGAUAUCGGAAACAGCUACCAGACUCCGUGCUUGCGAGGCAGCUUGAGCCAUUCCACGCUGGCCGAAGAGCAUGAAGAGACCGAGGCCAACGUUCUUGAGCGAACCUACGCCCACGAGCUGAUCUUUAAAGAUGGUCAGGUGAUGGGUGGCAGCCUUCGUGCCCUUGUCGAAAGACUUACAGCCCAUCAGUCAACCCCGGACGCCAUGUUCGUUUCGACCUUCUACCUAACCUUCCGCCUGUUCGCGACACCUUUGGAAUUUGCGGAAACUUUAGUGGGUCGGUUCAACUACAUUGGUGAUACACCCCACGCCGCAGGUCCUGUUCGUCUUCGUGUAUACAACGUUUUCAAGGGAUGGCUGGAGUCGCACUGGCGACAUGACUGCGACAAUGCUGCACUCGACUACAUCACCGGAUUCGCCAAUACAAAUCUUAGAUACAACCUGCCUACUGCCAGCAAGCGCCUCUUGGAACUUGCGGAGAAGGUCUCGAUGGUUCAUGGCCCGGUUGUGCCGCGUCUGGUUUCCUCCAUGGGAAAAACAAAUACUGCCACUGCCCAAUACAUUCAUCCAGAUACCCCGCUUCCCCCGCCCAUCUUGGGCAAGAAAGAAGUGGCGCUACUGAAGCAGUGGAAGAGUGGGGAAAGCAAUAUCACAAUUCUUGAUUUCGACCCUCUUGAACUGGCUCGCCAAUUCACCAUCAAGGAAUCGCGAAUCUUCUGCGCCAUACUACCCGAGGAGUUGCUUGCGACUGAGUGGAUGAAAAAGUCCGCCUCACUGGCGGUCAAUGUCCGCGCUAUGUCAACCUUAUCAACAGAUUUGGCGCACCUUGUGGCGGACUCGAUACUCCAGCUGGAGGAACCGAAGAAGCGUGCGGCUAUCAUCAAGCACUGGGUCAAGAUCGCCAACAAGUGCUUGGAGUUGAAUAACUACGACUCAUUGAUGGCCAUUAUCUGCUCUUUGAACUCGUCGAUGAUCUCGCGUCUCAAGCGGACAUGGGAGGCUGUGUCCCAGAAGACGAAGACUACUCUCGAGUCUCUUCGUGUAAUUGUCGACGUCUCGCGAAACUACGCGGUUCUUCGUCAGCGUCUCCAAAACCAUGUGCCACCUUGCUUGCCGUUUGUCGGCACCUACUUGACAGACCUGACAUUUGUCGACCACGGCAACCAGCCGCUCCGCUCCCUACCCACGGACGAUGGAGAAAUGGCCGUGAUCAACUUUGAUAAACACAUGAAGACGGCGAAGAUCAUCAGCGAAUUGCAACGCUUCCAGAUUCCAUACCGUCUUACGGAAGUGCCAGAGUUGCAGGCAUGGAUGCAAAACGAGCUGGUUCGGGUUCGUUCCACCGGUGAAAAGAGUUUACAGACGUUCUAUCGCCGGUCGCUCAUCCUCGAGCCCCGUGAGGCGCCUCAGCAGCAGCGUACAUUGCAGACGGAGUCCAGUUCCUCCUCGAUCCUAGAGAAUGCCAAGGACAAAUUCGAAUUCCUGUCGUGGACGCACCCCUCGAAAACCAAGUCGGUAGCGACAAAUGGCUGA